AGUUCUGAAGUGACACUCUCCACGCUUUCGUGAUGCAUAUUCCUGUAGAUCCGACCACCACGAGACGCUUCACGCCGCCCUCCACGUCGUUCCAGUGUGGGAAGUUAAGCAGCGGGGACGUCAGUGCGGGUACCGGGGGCAGCAUGAGCGUGGCGGGGCCGCUGAGGACGCGACACACGGCGGACGCGCGCUCCGUGGUGGACGUGCUGGCGGACCACGCUGGAGAACUGGUGCGCACCGACAGUCCGAACUUCCUCUGCUCCGUGCUGCCUUCACACUGGCGCUGCAACAAGACCCUACCCGUGGCUUUCAAGGUGGUGGCUCUCGGUGACGUUCCUGACGGAACUCUGGUUACUGUUAUGGCCGGGAACGAUGAGAAUUACUCGGCUGAGCUGAGGAAUGCCUCCGCCGUUAUGAAGAACCAAGUUGCCCGUUUCAACGACCUGCGAUUUGUGGGAAGAAGUGGCAGAGGGAAGAGUUUUACUCUGACUAUCACAGUGUUCACCGGACCCCCCCAGGUGGCUACAUAUCACCGUGCCAUCAAAGUCACCGUGGAUGGACCACGAGAGCCUAGACGUCACCGAGUGAAGCUCGAGGACCCUCAAAAGAUCCCGUUCUCCGAACGUCUGAGCGAGAUGGAGAGGUACCAGCGCGCCAGCCUAAGAAUGGGCACCGGCAAUGGCACCGCCCGUCCCCCCCACCAGAGCCAUUACGGCUCUUCUACUGCCGCUCAGAUACCAGGACUGUGGCCAGAGCAGAUGGACCCGCCUCAAAUUAAACCCUGCAAAGUGGAGGAUGACCUCCGCUGGCCAAGUACGGAUCUGUUCCAGCAGCGCGCCACGUUCCCGUCCCUCUCGCCCCUCACAGCACCACGUUUCUCCGACCCACACAUGCACUACCCCGGGGCUUUCACCUACUCAACCAACCCCUCCAGCGCCGGCAUCGGGGGCCUCAGCGUAACCGGCGUACCCGCCUCCACCCGGUACCACACCUAUCUGCCUCCACCAUACCCAGGCAACCAGAACCAGAGCUCCCACUUUCAGACCAACUCCUCUCCCUACCACCUGUACUAUGGCACCGGGUCCGGCUCGUACCAGUUCUCCAUGGUGCCUGCUGGCGGAACCGGGGGAGGCACGGUCGGGGAACGCUCUCCCACUCGCAUGCUGACUUCCUGUACGGCGGCCGGAGCUUCGGGAUCGGCGGGUGCCAGCGGCCUGAUCGGCGGCAGCGACGGGGUUGAGGCCGACGGCAGCCACAGCAACUCGCCCAGCUCCAUGAGCACGCCGGGGCGGAUGGAUGAAUCGGUCUGGAGGCCUUACUGA